AUGACGAUCCCCGUCAACAUCAUCACCGGGGUCCUCGGAGUGGGGAAGACCACCGCGAUCCGCCACCUCAUCUCCCAGCGCCCGGCCAACGAGCGGUGGGCCAUCGUGGUGAACGAGUUCGGCGCGCUCGGCAUCGACGGCGCUAUCUUGGACACGGCGGGAGGGCUCUCCAAGGGGGACGGGGGCGGGUCCUCCAAGGGCGACGGCGGGAUCAUCGUCAGGGAGGUCGCGGGGGGAUGCCUCUGCUGCGCGGUCGCCGCGCCGUUCACCGUCGCCGUGACCCAGCUCCUCCGACGCGCCAAGCCCGACCGCCUCAUCAUCGAACCCUCCGGCAUGGGCCACCCCGGGGGCCUGCACGACGCGCUCCAGGACGAACACCUCGGGAAGGUCCUGCGCAUCGCCGCGACGAUCGCGCUCGUCGACAUGACGCAGGUGGCGCGGGGGGGCGCUUUGGUGGAGUCGGAGGCGUUCAGGGAUCAGGUCCAGUGCGCCGACGUCGUCGUCGGAGCCAAGGGCGACGUCGCCACCGUCGCCGAUCAGUGCCGAUUCACCGACUGGGCGCAGACGCUCUACCCGCCCAAGCUCGCGGUCCACGUCAUCGCGAGAGGGGAACUGCGCCUGGACGUCUUAAACACCCCGCUGGACACCUCGGGAGGGGGAUCGGUGGUGUGCAAACCGACGCGGACGUCGUCGCACGCACAGCUGGCGACGCGGCUGGCGGGGACACGGCUGGCGGCGACGCGGCCGCCGGCGAACGAGUCCGACGGCGCCGACGCCGACGAGUCCAACGGCGCGUCACCGGGAUAUCCCGUUCGCGUCGUGGGGGGCACCGACGCGUUCGCCACGUUCGGGCUGCUCUUUCACAGGGACGACGUCUUCCUUCGCUCGUCGCUCGCGGCCGCGUUUGGGUCCCUCGCCAAGGCGGCGCCCGCGGUGGUAAGGUUCAAGGGCGUGGUUCGGGUCGGCGCCAAGGAGUGGGUGGCGCCGCGCGUGGACCAGGCGGCGUCCGGGACGGUGCGUUUGGACCCGGUGGCGUGGAGGCGCGACAGCAGGAUCGAGGUCAUCGUCGACGUCGGGGGGCGAAAGGUCGGUUUCGUCGACGGGGAGGGGACCGACGGGGAGGAUCGCGGCGGGGGCGGGGAGGAAGCGACGGGGGAGGCGGGGGAGGAGGAUCAGGGAGAAGAGGCGGAUCAGGGAGAAGAGGAGGAUCAGGGAGAAGAGGCGGCGGGGAUCGAGGAGGCGGCGGCGGGGGAUGGGGACGGACACCUGGCGGGGAUCGAGGAGGAGGACGAGGAGGGAUACGGAAGCGACGGUCGGGACGCUUUGGCAGACGCGGGAGUCUCCGCGGACGCCGCGGGGCCCGCCGCGGCGCGACGCGAUUGGGACGCGUUCACGGCGGCGAUCGUCGCCGCGAUCAAGCCCAACGUCCAGUCGCCGAAGAAAUCCCCGAACGCGAAGAGAAUCCCGGGCCUGGAGGACGCGUGA